GCUUGGCAAAAAUUUCAGUUGAAUCAGGGAGCUUGUAAGGAAACUAUCAUGAGGGUUCUCAUUGUUUUCUUAGUGGGCAUGGUCUUCGUUCUGGCCGACCCCCACCAUAAACAUGGCCAAGAAGGACACUAUGUGGUCAAGAACCACUAUGAUCUGGAUUCCGCACGCAAGGUUUGCGCCGAGGAGAUCCGCGCAACGGAGGACCUGGUGGCGAAGUAUAAGAAUCCUGAUCAGGCAGUGACCCUCUGCUUCUUGGCCUGUGGCUUGGAAAAGUUUGGACUCUACGACGCCGAGCAUGGAUUCGAUCUUGACAAGUUGUACAUGCAGCUAGCCGGAGUUAGCGGCCAUGUGGAUAAGUCGGAUGAGCUGUAUCAAAAGAUCGUCCAGUGCACCGAGUCCCACAAGGAGGACGACUACUGUGCCAAGGCCUACCACGCCGGUACGUGCUUCAUGAACGCCAAUCUCCCCCUCGUCCAGUACUCCAGUCUCCAGGCUAAAGAAGAUCGCUUGUUUGAAGUUCCAGUCGCUGAUAAAUAUAAUUAAAUUUUAUUUAAUAUUUAUAAAAAUGCACAAAACAAA